GGGAGAGAGAGAGAGAGAGAAAGAGAGAGGUGCUCGUUGCAGACUCUUCAGAUUUCAUCUCCGUGUCGUCGCUGUGGGUGAGUGAUCAUCAGAGGAGGGUAGCGAAGACAUCUGCGGAAUGCGGCGCUUGAAAUCAAAGGUCUCCACCGGCUGACAGGAUACAUGGAGACAACACAAGCCUGCGCCCGUGACAAACUUGUGCAAGGGAAACCCUCGGGAGGUCCCAGUAGAAGAUGGUUUUCUGGAGGAGGAAGCAUCAUGUUGAGAAGGAACGCCGCGUGAAAGCCAAUGCACGAGACUACAAUGAAACGUUCUGUUACGCUGACAAUCGCAUCAAAACCUCGAAGUACAACAUCUUCACCUUCCUGCCCGUCAACCUCUUUGAGCAGUUGCAGAGGGUGGCAAAUGCCUACUUCAUAGUGCUGCUCAUACUGCAGUUAAUUCCAGCAAUAUCCUCCCUGUCCUGGUUCACAACCAUCGUGCCUUUGGUUUUGGUGCUUGUAAUCACGGCUGUGAAGGAUGCCACAGACGACUACUUCAGACAUAAGAGCGACCAGCAAGUGAACAACCGCCAGUCUCAGGUUCUCAUCAGAGGAAGUUUGCAGAAUGAGAAAUGGAUGAACGUUCGAGUGGGGGAUAUCAUCAAACUAGAGAAUAAUCAGUUUGUUGCUGCAGACCUCCUCCUCCUGUGUACCAGUGAGCCUCAUGGACUGUGCUAUAUUGAGACUGCAGAGCUAGAUGGAGAAACCAACCUGAAAGUCCGUCAGGCUUUGACCGUCACCUCAGAUCUGGGAGAUGUUUCAAAGCUGAUGGACUUUGAUGGAGAAGUCAUUUGUGAGCCACCAAACAACAAGCUGGAUAGAUUUACAGGAACAUUAUGCUGGAGAGACAAUAAAUACCCCCUGGAUAAUGAAAAAAUGCUUCUUCGAGGUUGCGUUCUCAGAAACACUGAGUGGUGUUUUGGAAUGGUGAUCUUUGCUGGGUUGCAAACCAAACUGAUGCAGAACUGCGGGAGGACCAGAUUUAAAAGGACCAGUAUUGAUAAGCUCAUGAACACUCUGGUUUUGUGGAUCUUUGCCUUCCUCAUAUGUAUGGGAGUCAUUUUGGCUAUUGGAAACACAAUCUGGGAGACUCUGAUUGGAAGAAACUUUGAGGUAUUUUUGCCGUGGGAUGAGUUUCAGGGCAGUGCCGUUUUCUCUGGCUUCCUCACCUUCUGGUCCUACGUCAUCAUCCUCAACACAGUCGUGCCCAUCUCACUGUAUGUCAGCGUAGAGGUCCUGCGCCUCGGCCACAGCUACUUCAUUAACUGGGACCGAAAGAUGUACUGCAGUCAGAUGGACACUGCAGCUGAAGCUCGCACCACCACUCUGAACGAGGAGCUGGGCCAGGUUGAGUUCAUCUUCUCCGACAAGACGGGCACCCUCACCCAGAACAUCAUGGUCUUCAGCAAGUGCUCCAUUAAUGGACAAACAUAUGGCGACGUCUAUGAUGAAUUUGACCAGAAGGUGGAAAUUACAGAGAAAACAGCCUGUGUGGACUUCUCCUUCAACCCUCUCUGCGACAGAAGGUUUAAAUUUUAUGAUUGCAGCCUGGUUGAAGCCAUAAAACGUGAGGAUCCUGCAGUACAGGAGUUCUUUAGACUGCUGGCUCUGUGCCACACUGUCAUGCCAGAGGAGAAGAGUGAAGGGAAUCUGGUGUACCAGGCCCAGUCACCUGAUGAGGGAGCGUUGGUCACCGCAGCUCGAAACUUUGGAUUUGUCUUCCGGGCCCGAACACCAGAAACCAUCACGCUGUGUGAGAUGGGACGAGCAGUCACCUACCAGCUGCUUGCCAUACUGGACUUCAACAACGUGCGCAAGAGAAUGAGUGUCAUUGUGAGAACCCCUCAGGGUCAGAUUAAACUGUACUCCAAAGGCGCUGACACAAUUAUCUUUGAGCGUCUGGAUCCUUCCAGUGAAGACCUCAUGUACGCUACCUCAGAACACCUCAAUGAAUUUGCAGGAGAGGGCCUUCGAACGUUAGCGCUGGCCUACAAAGACAUUGAUGAAGAUUAUUUUGAAGUCUGGACAAAGAAGCUUCUGUUCGCGAGCACUGUCAUCGAGAACCGUGAAGAUCAGCUGGCUGCUCUGUACGAGGAGAUCGAGCAGGACAUGAAGCUUCUAGGAGCAACAGCAAUUGAGGACAAACUUCAGGAGGGAGUCCCAGAGACCAUCGCCUGUCUGAACCUGGCCGACAUCAAGAUCUGGGUCCUCACAGGAGACAAACUAGAGACAGCAAUGAACAUUGGCUACUCCUGCAACAUGCUGCGAGAUGACAUGAAUGAGGUGUUUGUUAUCUCUGGCCACACGCUGCUGGAGGUUCAGCAGCAGCUAAGGAGUGCUAAGGAGCACAUCCUCGGCCUGAGUCGUGUCAGCAGCGCGGGAGAUGCUGAGAAGACUGAUAUUGGUGCACAUGACUCUGUGUUUGAGGAGGCUAUUAUAGCAGAGUACGCGUUAGUCAUCAAUGGACACAGUCUGGCUCACGCUCUGGAGCCACAGCUGGAGCACAUAUUGCUGGAUUUGGCCUGUUUGUGUAAAACAGUCAUCUGCUGCCGGGUCACUCCGAUGCAGAAAGCUCAAGUGGUGGAGCUGGUGAAGAUGCACAAGAGGGCCGUCACCCUGGCCAUAGGGGAUGGAGCCAACGAUGUCAGCAUGAUCAAGACUGCUCACAUCGGUGUUGGCAUCAGCGGGCAGGAGGGGAUGCAGGCUGUCCUGGCGUCAGAUUACUCCUUCGCUCAGUUUCGGUACCUGCAGAGGCUCUUGCUGGUACAUGGGCGCUGGUCCUACUUACGCAUGUGUAACUUCCUGGGCUAUUUCUUCUACAAAAACUUUGCCUUUACCCUGGUUCACUUCUGGUACGGUUUCUUCUGUGGGUUCUCAGCACAGACGGUGUAUGACCAGUGGUUCAUCACCCUCUUCAACAUAGUCUACACGUCUUUACCCGUACUGGCAACGGGACUUUUUGAUCAGGACGUCAACGACCAGAACAGCCUUCGAUACCCAAGCCUAUACAAACCCGGCCAACAAAACCUUCUCUUCAACAAACGUCAGUUUUUCCUGUGCACGCUGCAGGGGUUGGCCACAUCAUUCCUGCUUUUCUUUAUUCCCUACGGAGCCUUCUCCGUCAUGGUUAAAGAAGACGGCUCCCACUUUUCUGAUCAACAGGCAUUUGCUGUCACCAUAGCAACAUCCUUGGUCAUCGUCGUUAGUGUUCAGAUUGGACUGGACACACACUACUGGACAGCUGUCAAUCACCUCUACGUAUGGGGAAGCGUCGCCAUGUAUUUUGCCAUAUUGUUUGCGAUGCAGAGCGAUGGCAUAUUUGGCAUCUUUACGAGUAAUUUCACGUUUAUUGGCACAGCCCGUAACAGUCUGUCAGAGAAGAGUGUGUGGUUGGUCAUUCUGCUCACCACUGUGGUGUGUGUUGUGCCCGGCUUAGUCGUCAGAUUCCUGAGAGUACAACUCUUCCCAACUCUGACAGACAAGGUUCGUCGUCUCCAACAGACCAGAAAGAGGCAAGGAGGUCAGGAACAGAACCUGAGGCGAGUUCGCAGGACCAGCUCCCGCCGGUCCGCCUAUGCCUUCUCCCACCAACAGGGCUACGGGGAGCUUAUUACCUCAGGCAAAAAUAUGAGGAUGAGCACAGUCUCCUCUUCUCACUCCCCCGAAAGAACACCACGGAGCUCCAACUGGAUAGAAAAUAUGUUGAAGAGAAAGAAUGAAGUUUCCUGUGCUUCAUUUGAAAGCACGCCAGAGAGCAGCUCCAGAGCAAUACAGACUCCAAGGCAGCAGCUCACAGACUGACUGAGAUACUGAACACAGGACCGGAUGUGUGGAUCCUACAGAUUAAGCACAAGCUGUGAGUGUCUUUCAUUUGGGUGAAUUCAUGCUCAAAUCAACAAUACAAGCGUACCUCAUUUAUUUAUUUAUUUUUAUUAGCGAGAAUCUGAAUGUUAAAGGCCAAUCAAAGAUAUAUAUAAAAAAAAAACAGCUGUCAGAGAAAACAUUCAUCUUUAUCCUGUAAGACAUUUGGGAAAAUUGCAAAUCCUCACAGCAGAUAUAUUUCUUUCUCAUGCAUGAGUUGCCAAAGUUACAAAAUGACUUGUUGUUGUGUGGCAAAUAACCCAGUUUGAUCUCAGUGCUAUUGCUGAAACACAUUUCAGUAUCUUCAGGAGCAGCAGAACAAACUCCUGGUUCAUACUGAAAUAAAGUAAAGAAGUAAUCCUGACCACAAGUUCAAAAAGCACUUGUGACAAAAAGGACAUACACUGAAACGUUCUUCUCCACCUCCAUCCAAAGUGCUAAAACACAAAUAUUGUAAAAACUAAAGUAAAGCUGCUGAAUAUGAUAGUAAGCACAAAUCUAUUUAUUGGUUUCCAACUUUUGUGGCCAGUAUAUCCUCCUGAGACCCGAACUUUUGUUUACUAUGCAUUUUUAAUUUGGAAUGAGUAGGACCUAAGAAGUAUAAAAAUGAAGCAUCAUCUUUCAACAGGAAGUAGGUUUUGAAAUAUGUGGACACUGAGAUCAUUUCAAUAUUUAUGUUAUAAUGAAGUUACCAAAGUGUGACGAAAUAUAAAACUAUUUAUUUUAAUACCUGAACAUGACUGAGCAAAACCCAAUGUCCUCAAACGAUUACUUGCUAAUUAGGGAGGUUGUAGCUCGUUGCUAUUGAAAAAAAUUGUUAAAUU